AUUUAUGACAAUUAAAAAUUAUAAAAUGUUGGUGUUUGGUUUGAUGGGAUAUGGAUAGAAUUUUGGGUGCAUUUCUACAGACUUAUUUCUCUCAUUUCAGUGGAUAUUGAAUAUUUUUGAAUCAUGACGGACAGUGACGAGGAAAUUAAUAAAAGCAAGAAAUACUUAACUGGAUUUUUCUUUGGAAAUAUUGACGAUUCUGGUAAUCUUGAGAGCGACGUUUUCGACUCCAGUGAACGAAAACAACUAAUAUCUCUAUCAAGGUUGGGAUUCAGUUCCUACUUUGAUGAUAUAUAUAAAGAUGAAAAAAUCAAAGAUGAAGUAGACAGUGAUGGUGAAACACAAUCCUCAUUCACUAUCAAGCAAGAGCAUAUAGAUAUCAAGAAUGAAGGCUAUGAAUCUCUGGGUAGCCAGGGUGACAGCCAAUAUUAUUCUGAUCUAAGCCAGCGUAGUGACCUGAGUGACCCAAGAACCCUGAGCCAGAACACUUAUGAUUCUGGUGUGGAUCCAAAGUCUCCUUCAGCACAGGAUUAUUCUGAUAUAACUGAGUUGGCAGAUGAUGAAUGUAGUGGGUUGAAUGAGGACUAUGAUGCAGAUGAUGAAAGACCUAAAAAAGAUGAUCAACUCAUGCCUCCUCCUCCUACACCAUCUACCAAGGGGUCUCAGGAGUUUGAUUCACUUGGUUCAAAUGAAAUGGAUAAGAGGAAGCUUGAGACUCCAUUGGCAGCUAUGUUACCCUCUAAAUAUGCUAAUGUUGAUGUAACAGAAUUGUUUCCAGAUUUCAGACAUGGAAAAGUGUUGAGGUUCUCUAGAGUUUUUGGACCUGGAAAACCAAGCAGUUUGCCAAACAUAUGGAAAAAUGUGAGAAAGAAAAGGAAGAAGCAUAAACAUAAAGAAAACAAUCAGCAUGAAUCUGAUUCAAAUUCAGAGGAGGAUAAACCUCAGGGCAGAGGUUGGUUCUUUGACUAUGCAGAACCAAAACCUGAGUUACUGAAGACUGAUGAUGAGGAGACAUUUUUGAAACCUGUAGAAACUUCUAAUGAGGAUAACAAACAAGACAUUGAGAAAAAAGAUGAUUCAGGGCCCAAAGCUGCUGAUUGGAGGUUUGGGCCAGCUCAAAUUUGGUAUGAUAUGCUAGAGGUGCCAGAAACAGGUGAUGGUUUCAAUUAUGGAUUCAAAGUGAAGGAGAAAACAGAUGAAACAGAGUAUCAGCCCCACCAACCGGAAACCAACCAGUCCAUCCCCUCGGAAGAAGAGUACCCCGAUGACGCGUUCCUCAUGGUCACCCAGCUGCACUGGGAGGACGACGUCGUGUGGGACGGCAACGACAUCAAGCACAAGGUGCUGCAGAAGCUCAGCUCGAAAACGAACGCGGCGGGGUGGGUGCCGAGCAGCGGCAACAGGACAGCGCAGGCGUUCAGCCAGCCGGGAAAGGGGGGGACCGGGGUCAGGAUGCCUGCCGUACCUAACGCGCCCCUGCAGGGGUUGAAGACCAAGACGCAAAUGUUGAAACCUAGACCUGACCAGGAUCAAGAUGACACCUGGUAUUCCAUUUUCCCAGUGGAAAACGAAGAUUUGGUCUACGGCCGUUGGGAAGACGAUGUCAUUUGGGAUGCAGAAAAUAUGACCAAAGUACCGAAACCGCUCAUUUUGACUUUGGAUCCUAACGAUGAAAAUAUCAUUCUCGGUAUCCCAGAUGAUAUAGAUCCGUCUAAACAGGUGGCAGGUCAGGCGACACCUGUGAAAGUCAAAAUUCCCCACCCUCACGUGAAGAAAUCGAAAAUUUUGCUAGGAAAGGCAGGUGUCAUCAAUGUUCUUCAGGAAGAUACUCCCCCACCUGCUCCAAAAUCACCUGACAGAGACCCUUUCAACAUUUCAAAUGACAUAUAUUAUCAACCUCGCACCUCAGAAACGACUCUGAGACUGAAAGUGGGCGGGGCCAAUCUGAUACAGCACUCCACACCAGUGGUGGAAUUGAGGGCGCCCUUCAUACAGACCCACAUGGGCCAGAUGCGGCUCAGGAACUUCCACCGGCCGCCGAUCAAGCGGUUCUCGCACGGGCCGUUGUCUCAGCCUGGGCCGCAUGGGGUCAUGGCCUUGGUGAAACACAUCAAAAAGAAGGCAAAGCAAAGAGAAUCUGAAAGAAUGGCUUCAGGUGGCGGUGAUGUAUUCUUUAUGAGGGCUGCCGAAGAUCUGACUGGUCGGGAUGGAGAUUUGAUCCUCGUGGAGUUCUGUGAAGAGCAUCCCCCUCUAAUGAAUCAGGUCGGUAUGUGUUCGAAAGUCAAAAACUACUACAAGAGAAAAGCUGGGAAAGAUUCUGGACCCCCGACAUAUAGAUAUGGAGAGACUGCUUAUGCACAUACUUCCCCAUUUUUGGGAAUUUUGCACCCCGGGCAGUCUAUACAGGCGAUCGAAAACAACAUGUACAGGGCGCCAGUGUACGAACACCAAAUCCCCGAAACGGAUUUCUUGAUAAUAAGAACUCGUCAGCAGUACUAUAUCAGGGAGUUGGACGCUCUGUAUGUGGCCGGUCAACAGUGUCCCUUGUACGAAGUCCCCGGACCGAAUUCGAAGAGAGCCAAUAAUUUCGUCAGGGAUUUCCUUCAAGUUUUCAUUUAUCGCCUGUUCUGGAGGAGCAGGGACAUUCCCAAAAGGAUAAAAAUGGACGAUAUCAAGCGGGCCUUUCCCUCACAUUCUGAGAGCAGCAUCAGGAAACGGCUGAAGCUGUGUGCCGAUUUCAAAAGGACAGGUAGGAUGGAUUCAAACUGGUGGGUGAUCAAGCCUGAAUUUAGGUUGCCGACAGAGGAAGAGAUCCGUGCGAUGGUAUCGCCCGAACAGUGUUGCUCCUAUUUCAGUAUGGUAGCUGCAGAACAACGCCUCAAAGAUGCCGGUUAUGGCGAAAAGUUCCUAUUCACGCCGGCCGAGGACGACGACGAGGAGAUGCAGCUGAAGAUGGACGACGAGGUGAAGGUGGCGCCGUGGAACACGACCCGCGCCUACAUACAGGCGAUGCGCGGCAAAUGUCUGCUGCAGCUGACCGGGCCUGCGGAUCCGACGGGGUGCGGCGAGGGGUUCAGUUAUGUGCGGGUGCCGAACAAGCCGACGCAGAGCAAGGAGGAGCAGGAGUCGCAGCCAAAGAGGACGGUGACUGGUACUGACGCAGAUUUGCGUCGGUUGUCGCUGAACAAUGCCAAGGCGUUGCUGAGAAAGUUUGGGGUGCCGGAAGAAGAGAUCAAAAAACUCUCUCGCUGGGAAGUCAUCGACGUAGUCCGCACCCUGUCCACGGAAAAAGCCAAAGCCGGGGAAGAAGGCAUGGACAAGUUCUCGCGUGGUAACCGGUUUUCGAUCGCCGAGCACCAGGAGCGCUACAAGGAGGAAUGCCAACGGAUAUUCGACUUGCAGAACCGCGUUUUGGCCAGCGGCGAGGUUCUCAGUACCGACGAGGGCGAGAGCUCUGAGGACGAGAGCGACGAGGAUAUCGAGGAGAUGGGCAAGAACAUCGAGAAUAUGCUGGCCAACAAGAAGACCAGCACCCAGUUGUCACUAGAGAGAGAAGAACAGGAGAGACAAGAGUUGAGAAAGAUGAUCAUGGAAGGCGAGAAAGAAAGGCAAAAGGACAAGAAAAAGAGUGAAGAGGAUCAAAGUGAAGAUACAAAUUUCAGUCAAGGUCGGGUAUUGAAGAUAAUCCGCACCUUCCGAGACCACACCGGCAAAGAGUACACGCGAGCGGAAUUCGUGCGAAAAGCCGCGGUGAUCGACGCCUACGUCAAAAUCCGCACCACCAAGGACGAGGCGUUCAUCAAGCAGUUCGCCACUUUAGAUGAAGCGCAGAAGGAGGAGAUGAAGCGCGAGAAGCGUCGCAUCCAGGAGCAGCUGCGCCGCAUCAAGCGCAACCAGGAGAAGGAGAAGAUGGGCGGGCCGCACGCCCACACGCCAGCGCCCAUAGUGCCGCCGCCCGGGGCGGUCGAGAAGCUGCCCAAUCCCAACGAAUUUUCCAUGAUGCCGACUACCCCUACAACAAGCAAAAAUAUAACUAAUUCUCCACCUAAGUCACGAAGGAAGACCAAGUUGAAGCCUGAUUUGAAACUGAAGUGUGGGGCUUGUGGCAAUGUUGGGCAUAUGAGGACCAAUAAGGCUUGUCCACUUUAUCAGACCACUACAGGAAUGAUAGCACCGAUAAAUGUUGCCAUGACAGAAGAACAAGAAGAAGAUAUUGAAAAACAGUUGAACACUGAUGAUGAAGACCUAGUCAACGUAGACGGCACUAAAGUUAAACUUUCCGGAAAGUUACUGAAGCAUGCUGAGGAGAUCAAACGGAGAAGUUUGAUGCUGAAAGUGCCAAAAGAUGCUCUUGGUAAAAAGAGGAGAAGGGCCAACAGCGACCUACACUGUGAUUAUCUGAAGAAACACAGCAGGCCCGCGAACAGAAGAAGAACGGAUCCUGUCGUUGUACUAUCUACAAUACUAGAAAAUAUCUUGAACGAAAUGAGGGAUAUGCCCGAUGUGCAACCGUUUUUGUUCCCUGUUAAUUCAAAGUUGGUGAUGGAUUAUUAUAGAAUUAUUCAAAGACCCAUGGAUCUUCAGACAAUUCGCGAAAAUCUGAGACAGAAAAAGUACCAGAGCAGAGAAGAAUUUCUCGCUGAUGUGAAUCAAAUUGUUGAAAAUUCUAGUUUAUAUAAUGGACCCAACAGCAGUCUCACUUUAGCCGCACAAAGAAUGUUAGACAAGUGCGUCGAACGAUUAGGAGAGAAAGAAGACAGACUGAUGAAGCUCGAAAAAGCUAUCAACCCAUUGCUGGACGAUGACGAUCAGGUAGCUUUCACCUAUAUACUCGAUAACAUAUUGAACACCAAAUUGAAGACCAUGUCGGAGUCGUGGCCUUUCUUGAAGCCUGUCAACAAAAAGUUGGUCAAGGAUUAUUACAGCAUCGUCAAGAGGCCUAUGGAUUUGGAGGCUAUUUCAAAACGUGUUGCUACUCAUAAAUAUCAUAGCAGACAUGAAUUUUUGGUGGAUGUGGAACAAAUUUUGGAAAAUUGUGUGCUCUACAAUGGCAAAGAUUCCGGUUUCACUGAUAAGGCUGAACAGCUGGUGAAAGUUUGCAAAGAAACUCUAGAUGAAUUUGACGAACAUCUUACUCAACUGGAGAACAAACUAUUAUUGGCCCAAGAGCGUGCCUACCAAGAUGACGAUCAGACAUGGAUGGGCGGUGACGAGGAAAACUACACCAUCGCCGAACCAGAUAGAGCCAGCCAGACCAGUUCGCCUGACCACCUCUCGUCUGUCAAAUCCCAAUUAGACGAGUACGAUCUCAUAGAUGUGGAGGGAGAAGGUGCACUGCAAGGUUUGGAAGACGCCAUGUUUCCUAAACCUGCCAAACAGAAGAAGAAAAUCAAGCGAGAAGAAGCGCACACUCUCGAAGAAGACCUCCAAUUCUCCAGUGAAGAGGAGCUGGACGAGGUGCCACUGAACGAAUUCGAAGACGACACCGACCACAAGGGCCUCCUCAUAUCGGCCGAGAUACCCUUGGUGGGGGCGGACGAUGACAGCCAACAGGCCGCCGAAGCCAUGGUGCAGCUGGGCACCAUGGGCUUCUACCCGCCCAACGAGGAGGAGACGGAAACGGAGACUUUGGUCUACAAAGAUGAGAGCAUGGACGUGGAUCCGAAUUACGACCCCUCAGACUUUCUGAUGUCCGGUCUGCCUCUGCGCAAAGUGGAAGACUUCAACCAAGAGACCGGCAUGAAGAUACACGACGACCUGGCGGUGAGCGAGAGCGACGACGAGGGGCCGAACGUGUCGCACCAACCGGAACAUAAUGAGUACUUCCUAAGAUGGAAGAUCAAAUUGAAUCCUUCAAAAACACAAUUGGUCGCACUCGGAAGGGAGUGGUGGCCUCCCAAAACCAGAUUAGUCCUGGAUCGUCAUGAGUUAGAGUGGUCUUCACAGGUUAAAUACUUAGGUGUGUGCAUUGACAAAAAGCUCACCUGGGCCCAGCACAUUGAACAGCAAGUUUCAAAAGCUAAACGAGCCAUUGGAGCCCUGUAUCCAUUUCUAAACAGAUGA